AUCUUAUCAGCCAAUGAAGAUUAUAUAAUUUAAUUUCUUCAUCUUGAAAAUAUCAUAAAAAUAAGAUUAGAAAAUAAUGUUGAAGUGAAAAACGAUAAAACUGUACGUGCUAUAACAGCAUGCAAAAUUUUAAACGUCUCCAAUGAAUUACAACCGUCGUUAUUAGCUUGUUUUAGUUCGUUCAAUGCUUGUGCUCUUUAUACUCAUUCCUGUACUUUCUCCUGCUAUGGCUCAAUCUAGUAAGACUUUUUUAUAUUUCGGGUACGGGAGCAACCUUCUCUCGAAAAGAAUUCAUCUAUUCAAUCCAUCAGCUGUUCGCCAAUGUGUUGCUCGUUUAGAUAAUCAUCGAUUAGAUUUCGGCUUCGAUUCGAAGCUUUGGAAAGGCAAAGUUGCAACGAUAGUUCCCGAUGAAACAGAACACGUUUGGGGAGCAGUAUGGAGAAUCAACAUGGAAAAUAUGAAAGAUCUAGAUAGGCAAGAAGAAGUAGAAAGGAACAUUUACAAACCGAUUGAGGUUCAAGUGAAAACUGCAGAUUCUGAAAACAUAACUUGCAGAUGUUACAUGCUCGUUAAUCAACCUACUAAAAUCCCACCUGGCGAAUCUGUACCAGUCGAAAGAAGACCUUCUAUCAGCUAUUUAAAUGUCAUUAUCAAUGGAGCAAUUGAAAGUGGUUUACCCGAUCAUUAUAUAGAAAAAUUGAAAAAAAUAGAGCACAAUGGAAUAAAAGCAGACGAAGAGAAGAUUUUCGCAGGACAUACUAUGAGUGUUCCCUAAUUCAAUUUGUUUUCCAUUUUCCCCCUGAUUGUUAUCUAGUUAAAUACCUAUGUUUGAAAAUAAACACUCGAGAUUGAAAACGAAA